AAACAACAGAUUAGUGUGUGCGUGCUGCGUAUUUUGCGUGCGUGCAGAGAGAGCUUGUGAUUGGUCAAGUCUUGGUCACGUGACUGUACAUCCGCUCUGUGACUGUUGCUGUUUGGCAUCUAUGACAACAAACUUUGAAAGUUGAAUGAAUGGCUUCAGUGAAGAAGAAGCUUUCCUCCACUAAAGGGCCUCGCAAGUCUCUGAAAUGUACCGUAUACUUGGACAUUCAGACAGUCACAUGUCCAGGAGUUUUACUGACCAAAACCAACGAUAUCUACCUCAGUGUGUGUAUCAUGGGCCAGUACAGGAAGACUCCAUGUUUGCCACCUGUGUUCCCUUUGCCUUUCCACCACAAAAUGGUAUUUGUCAAGACUUUCCCCAGCGUUGUUGACCCUGCUGAUGUAGCUGACCUCCUGGAAGCUGACACAACAUCUUUUGAGCUGAUUCAGUUGGUGCCUCCAGAGGGUGAGGUCCUUGCCACAAUGAAGGAGAGCAGCAGAGAUUUCCUGUACCCUGAUCCCAUACUUAGCUCCAGAGAGAGAGCUGCAGAGAGGGACGUACUGAUGAAGAGAUCCUCUUCCUUUCCCGGAAUCUCCCCCAAAGUAGAGUUUGCCACAACAUCAGUCAUAGAAGAGAGUGAUGGGAGAGACAGCUGGCCUACCUCGUCUACUUCCUGUCUUUCUCCAGUGAGACAUUCUUUAACUCCAUCCAGACAGAGUUCCUCAAAAAAGUCUUCAUCAAGCACCAAAAUAGACGAUGUAAACUGUGUCUCUUGGAAAGGUGGGAAUGAUAAGCCAAAUAUUAAGGCUACAAUUAUGAACUCUGCAUCGUCCCCAACAUCCAGACGGCACACUUCUUCAACCCCAUCUGGCCGAAGUCCCCAGAAAACCAAGAAGGAGAAAAAACAGACUUCUCCUAGACGUUCUGUAGACUCUGGCUACCAGCAGCCCACUGUUUCCUCAAGGACACGAGCCCUGUCCCCUUACACCCACCGCAAGAUGUGCCAGCUUUCAGAGGACGCCAGGCAGAGACUCAGCCAUCUCCAGCUGGGGCCUCACCACUUCAGGAAGGAGACAGAGAGCCAGCCGCCCUUCUUGGUCUCACGCUGCAAUAGUGCCUCUCUGAUGGGAACUCCUUCCUCCUCUGCACAGACUGGUAGCAUGCAUCUACACUCAGUCAGCCUCACAGCUGAUCACACAGAUUCUUCUCUCCUGGGGAGUUACAGACCAAAAAUUGCAAGAGGGACAGUGGGUUCUGUGAGGGUCAAGUCACCUCCAGAGACACAGUGGAGACUUGAAGCCCACACCACAAGCCCCAUGAGAGGUGCUGCAUCAGUUCCGUCCACACCGGCCGCGUCGCACUCCAGAAGUCCUGUGAAUCUCGGCCAUUCCCUCAGAGAAAGGCUCCAGACGAGUCCAUCCUACUGUGAGCAGAUCCACAGCCGAGUCCAGAGGAUUCUGCAGACCCACAAAACCACCUUGAACAACCAAAUUACCUUUGAACUUUAACUUUCUGAUUUGCCGACAAGGUGAUCAAACAAGUGAGCUUACCAUACAUAGAGUAUUCAUUAUUGAAAUAAUCACUCUCUUAAUGCACACAAGUCUGUAGGAGUGGAGGCCCAGGACGAGACACAAACACAUCAGCUUAACCUCACGAUUUUAUCAUUCAGUGAGUCCAAACAUCUCACACACGUAUCUUCAUUCAUCUCCCUUUGUCGUUCAUUUAAAUUUCAAACCUUCUCAAGCCCCGGCUGAGCUUUGUUUGUCAUUGAUACUCUUUGAAAAGGCAGGAAAUUUGCAGGGGUUAUGUUCAAAAGCAUAGCAGCACUGCUUCCCUCCCACCCAUCAGCUGGGCUGUUUUUAAAAAGUGCCCCAAUGGUGAAACCAAACGGAGACGUUGUCUAAUUUCACUAAAGCUGUGUGAAAUUGGCUCGGUUAUAAAGAAGCAACAUUUUUGUGUGUGUGUGUGUGUGUGAGAAGUAGACAUGGUGGAUGUAAGCUGCAGCUGUUAAGAGCUCAUCUCUUGCAACACAAAAGAGGGACAAGAAGGUAGCAAAGAGCAGCAGCUACAAGAAACUGAAGAGAUUUAAGAGAGAGGAGGAACAAAAG